GCCAGCAGCACCCGCUCCCUGCAAAGAGGGAAGGAAUGAAAGAAGGGAAAAGCAGCGCUGCUGCUGCCCUGUGGGUGAUGGAGCCGGCUCCCGUCCUCUUCCUCCUUCUCCUCCUCGGCUCGCUGUGGGGCUGCAGCGGUGGCCCCGCUGAGCGGCUGGUGGUGACACCGCGGGAGCCCGUGGUGCCCUUUGGGGGCUCGACGGAGCUGAACUGCUCCUUGGCCUGCGCAGGGGGCAAGGUGGAGUGGAGGGGGCUGGACACAGCCCUGGGGACCAUCUCCUCCUUCUCCACCCACAGCAUCCUGCACGUCAGGCACGCCACGGUGGCCACGGAGGGCAUGAAGAUCUGCCAGGGCAAAUGCCACGGGCAGGACUACCAGAAAAGUGUCACGCUGAAGGUUUAUGCCCUCCCAGACACGCUGAGGCUGGAGGCAGCUCCCCACACCCUGCACCCAGGCCACCCAGCCAACCUGACCUGCUCAGCCACGCACCUGUAUCCCCCCACCGGGCUGGCCCUCACCUGGUACCGGGGCCACCACGUGCUGGAGAACCUUACAGACCCUGACUGCAAGGAUGCUGAUGAGGAGGAGCUGUGUAACAUCGUUUCCAGCCUGUCCGUGAAGGGGACAGAGGUGGCAGAAGGGGUGGAGUUCAGGUGCGAGGUGACGCUGCGCGUCGGGCAGGAGACCUUCACCAGGGUGGCAUCUCUGGUGGCAAGGGCUGAGGCUGUGAUGACACCAGCCGUGGCCACCUCCACGGGGAGCCCCAGCACAGCCACCGUGGCCACCACAUCACUCCCUGCAGGGCCAGGUGUCCCCACAGGUGAGCCCACCACAGCACGGGAGCCCAACGCUGGCACCACUCUGGAUCUGGCUGCUGCCACCAAUCCUCCCUCCACGGAGCCCUCUGUGCCCCAGGACCCCACGGCAACCACCCACACGGCAGAUGUGGCCACCAGCACCCUCCCUACGGCGACAGGGUCACCUCUGGGGACAAUGCCAACCUGCAGCCUGCACAUCUGGUCGCUGCCUCCCACCGGCACGCGGGGCAGGGCUCUGCGCAUCGAGUGCCACGCUCGGUGCACCGGGAACGCCACGGUGGGCUGGCUCCGGACCCCCGCAGCCCUCGGGCAGUACCGGGAGGAGUCUGCGGGCAGCAGCUCCGCCCUGCGGCUGGACAGCGCCGAGCCCUGGCACCAGGGCCACUACCAGUGCGUCCUGCUCGGCCACCGCGCCCAGGUGGCCAGCCUGGAGGUGCUGGUGCUGGAUGAUUCCUUCAGCUCCAGCCCUGCCAUCGCUAUGGGCACAGCGGGAUCGCUCUUGGGGCUCAUCGCGACCGCAGCCGUGUCCCGACGCCUGUGGAAGCGGUUCAGAUCUCGGUAGCCACUGUCCCGGGAGUGGGAGCAGCCGGGUGGCGGCCCCGGCCCUCCGGGGUGUCCCUGCUGUCCCCCGGCUGUCGCUGGCCCCUGGACAGCAAGAAGGAGCAGGAGGGGAGCAGCUGCCGCGGGAGGCAAAGCUUGGAAGGACAAUGAGCACAGGCGACAGAGGACUGGGACUGGAUCCCCGCGGGCUGGCACCGAUCUCCGGGCUGGGUCCGGUGCGUGGAGCUCCCGGUACCAGCGCACGGGCGGGAGCACGAAGGCCGCUUGUCUGUCACAACAGAAGGUCCGGGGGGAGCGUGGGCUCGGCGCGCGGGUGGGAUCGGUGCUCCAAUAAAGAGCUGUUUUCGUUCCA